CUAUCACGUGAAACAAUGUUCAUAUAUGUUCUAGCCCUCGACGGUAGUGGUGGGUCCUCGCUUGUCGCUGUUAUGUCUCCGAUCUCCGACAGCUCCCGUCCAAUAUUCCUUCAGCCGCGUGGCAUCCAGACUCUACUCCAACAUACAUACUAUGGAUACUACAUUGCUACUGUGGAUAUUCCUUCGCUACCUCGCGCAGGGUAUCUGGAGACCCCGCAUUGUUGCCAUUGCACGGGAAGUCGCGUUUAGGUUCAAUACACGUUCUUGCUCUAGACCACGGAACCCUGUGGAUUGGAGGUAUUCUAAGUGGCAAGACACGACACUGGUAAACUCACCACGUCGUUCCAGAAGAGCGUUACUACUACUACAUACUGAACCAACGUGGCAACCUACUUUCAUACGCAAUGUUUACAUCAACAUGAUUUCGUUUCGUGAACAAAGAACCAUAAAGCGGUAUCCAGAUUUCCCAAGGUGGCGCGAAGAUGGCGCGGAGGGGAGGUGGCGUGCAGGUGGCGUGCAAGUGGUUGGCAGGGAGCUGGGAACGAGAGGACAAAUGCUUAAGGGGAUCGAUCCUUGCCUUCGACAAGGAUAAGUAUUGGAACUAGAACUAUUAAAAAGACGCUUCCACUCAGCACGGCCCGUUUAGUAAGGCCGAAACUGUUACAUCCAUUCGCGCCCUCUGAUGACAGCUAGAUGGCUAGUGUCAAGAUGAAGUUUCUAGCCACGAGCCUUACCUAUUAUGGGAUAAGGUAGAUGUGUGGGAACUAACACUAGUAAUCCACUUUCAUCUAAUCACAACCCUAGUCUGACUCCAUCAACCAUUGUUGAGCGGCAGUUGAUGCGUCCACCGAGUCAGGGUAGGAACCGUUUGGUAACCGCCCGCCACUCUCAUUAUCUGUUGAGAGAUCCAUUUUCGAUCCAGACAGGGGGGAACUACUGUGGGUAUGGGGAACCUCCGGAUUAUUAGAACGCGGGGUUGACCUGGAGGAUGUACAUACAAGACGAAAAUUUAUAUAAAGUCCUCAUUCCUUGCCUCGUUGUUGUUCGUCUUUUUCACUUAACUUCGCGUGCGCAGGCAACCUUUAGCCAACUUUCACUACCUCAUCCUCUAUCACAACACCUCACAUCGCAAUGGCAGGAGGAGGGUUACCCAUCUCUGUAACCGUGGUGCAAGGUGGAUUCUUGACAGGGAAAAAGCUAGUCUUUCCUCUCUUCCUUGUGAUCUGCCUGUUCUUCCUCUGGGGCUUCUCCUACGGUCUUCUCGAUGUUUUAAACAGCCAUUUUCAAACGGUGCUUGACAUCACCAAGCUUCAGUCCACUGGUCUCCAAGUUAUGUACUUCGGCGGAGGCUAUUUCUUCUUCUCCCCCAUUGCAGCUGAAGUUCUGAAGCGCAAGGGUUACAAAAUAACUAUCCUCAUGGGCCUUUCAUUUUACUCUGUUGGAGCCGUUAUGUUCUGGCCCACUGCUCACUUCUCAACUCUCAAUAAUCGCCUGGCCGCCUUUGGAGGUUUCUUGGUCUGCACUUUAGUCAUUGCUUGUGGUUUGGCUACCUUGGAAACCGCUGCAAACUCUUAUGCUGUCGUCAUCGGUGACCCGGCCUCGGCAUCUUCUCGCCUUCAAUUCUGCCAGGCAUGGAACGGUGUUGCCUCGUUCAUCGGCCCUCUUAUUGCUUCUAAAUUCUUCUUUACCGGCGCCAAUGCUAACAACCUCACUAACGUUCAAUACGUCUAUCUGGCCGUAUCAUGCGCCGGUAUUGCCGUCGCUGUUCUCUUUGCCUUUUCUAAACUUCCUGAAGUUGCUGAGAGCGACUUGCAAGGCUCCAACAUUGAGACCUCCGCUGUCGACGAGUUCGGCAACCCAAUUGGCCAAGGACCAAUUUAUAAGGAGUAUAAUAUGAUCUUUGCUUUCAUCGCUCAAUUCUGCUACGUCGGCGCUCAAGUCACGAUUGGUGCUUUCUUUAUCAACUAUGCACUUGAGGCUGGAUACGACAAGCCUACCUCAUCCAACAUGCUCUCAUAUGCCCUGAUCACCUUCACUGUCGGUCGCUUUUUCGCAUUUGCUCUUAGUUGGGUCUUCCAGGCUGAUUUCCUCCUCAUCAUCUACUCUAUCUGCGCUAUUGUUUUCAAUGCUGCCAUCUGCGUCGACACGAAUAAGACUGGUGUCAUCAUUAUGAUCCUUCUCUACUUCUUCGAAGCCCCAAUGUACCCAACCAUCUUCACUCUUGGUACUGCCAACCUCGGGCGCCAUACCCGCCGCGGUGCUGGUAUCUUGGUCAUGGGUGUUGCUGGUGGUGCUGUCUUCCCUCCGAUUCAAGGUGCUAUUGCCGAUGCCGCCAAUACACGAAUUUCUAUGGUGGUACCGCUUGUCGGUUUCGUUUACGUCUUGGGAUACGUCACUUUCCACUGGUUCACGCACGGCCGCCACAUUUUGAGAGUCAAGGAAAUUGUCAUUCCAGGAACCGAAGGGGUCGUCGGCGGUGCUAUUGAGACCGUUCACUACGACGAUGAGAAAGUCUUUGACAAAGACGUCCAGAUUGAGAAGUUGUAAAUAAAUACCAAAGCAUUAUAGAAAUAUCGAUUCAGUUAAUUUACCUUUAAACUCCUAAAAUUUACUGUAGCGAUAGUGUGUUGCUAGUGAGGAGGCACUCCAAGCAACAAACUCAAGUUUCUCAAGCAUAUUUUUCAGCACAUGAUUCCUCCUAAUGAACAAAUUCGUUACCGGGG